AUGGAAGCAAGGGUCGGCGUCGGCGUGUUCGUCCUUAACGAUGAAGGCAAGUUCAUCAUGGGUCGGAGGAAGGGAAGUGUCGGCGCAGGCACAUGGGCACUUCCUGGUGGGCAUCUUGAAUUUGGGGAGUCUUUCGAAGCGUGUGCUGCGCGUGAGUUACUCGAAGAGACUGGCCUUGCCGUCGGGGACGUCCACUUUCUCACCGCCACAAACAACGUGAUGGAGGACGUGGGCAAGCACUACGUGACAAUUUUCAUGCAGUGCAGAAUUAUUGGAGAGAAGACUCAACCUGAGAUUAUGGAGCCGGAUAAGUGUGAAGAAUGGGAGUGGGCUUCCUGGGAGGAUGUCCGGUCCUGGGAAGCGUCAGGGCAGGACGAUGAACGAAAGCUAUUCCAGCCGAUCCACAAUUUAUUCGUGCAGCGACCUUUGUUUCGGCCAGCACAUAACUAA